GACCAAUUGACACAAACCAUUACCUCAAACUUAUAUCUAUCCUGAUAGCGUUCGAUAAUUUCCUCUUCCAUUGCCUCCUGUGUCUGUUUUAUCGAAACCUUGAUUUGUUGCUCCUUUGAUCUUCCAAUCCGAAACCCUAAUUUUCCUUUUUCUUUUUUCGUAAUCAAUUGAAACCCUUGUUGAUUUACUCAAUUGAAACCCCUAGUUGAUUUACUGGUGGUUCCUUCAAGUCCAUAGAUUUGAAACCCUAAAUUUUGUUGCAGCAGAGAGAAGGGGAAGUUGCAACGAUGGCGACGAUCAGUCUCCGGAAGGGAAACACUCGUCUGCCACCCGAAGUGAACAGAGUUCUCUACGUUAGAAACCUUCCCUUCAACAUCUCGAGCGAGGAGAUGUACGAUAUUUUCGGUAAAUAUGGUGCUAUUCGUCAGAUUCGCAUUGGUACCAACAAGGACACAAGGGGCACAGCCUUCGUCGUCUAUGAAGACAUCUAUGAUGCUAAGACGGCUGUCGAUCACCUCUCUGGGUUCAACGUUGCUAAUCGAUAUCUGAUCGUGUUGUACUAUCAGCAGGCCAAGAUGAGCAAGAAGGUUGAUCAGAAGAAAAAGGAGGACGAGAUUACUAAGAUGCAGGAGAAGUAUGGAGUCUCCACCAAAGAUAAGUAGAGCCUGUUCUGCUUUUAUGCUGGAAUUAGGGUUUCUUUGUUUUGGGGGGGGGGGGGUGUUCAUUUUUGGCUUGUUUUGACGUAUAAGUAGACCUUUAUAUUGUGUACAAAAUCAUAGAUUCGGCUAAUUCUCAGUAGUAACUAAAAGUUGUUUCCGUAAUCCUAUGGUUGUGGAUAAUCGUUUGGUUAAUGUUUUUUUGUGGUUUGAACUUCAUACCUUGUUGGAUUUUGGAGUUCUUUUCCCCCUCACCAGUGUUUGAACUCAUUUGCUGAUUCUGGGUGUCAGAUUAGCUUCUUUGGGUUUCAUUAUGGAAUUGGUUUUUAGGAAUGCGGUGGAGAAGGGGUAAUCUCAAAAUAUUGUGAAUGUGGAAUCAUUUAUAUGGAUGUCCGUUUGUGGGGGAGUUUUUUAUGAAUGGAAUGGCUAUUGAACUUGA